GCGCAUUGCGUAAAAGAAAGCUGACUGCCACACAGAGGGGAGAGGCAGUGACGGGCUAGUCAGCAGCCUCGCUACCCGAGAACGCAAGGUCGCUGCGGCGAAAGUGUUUCAGUUUUGCUGCUGCCUGGCCAUGCCAACGGACCGACACGGGGAUGUAUUAUUAUUUCAAUUGGCCUAAAAUGAGCGGUAAUGCAGCGGGUGUGGGAGGUGGGGCUGCUGGGAUACUGCACAGAACACUGGGCAGCGGGGGAGGAGGCUGCGGCGAGCUGGUCAACGGUGACGGAACCUGCGCUGCGGCUGCUACCGCCACUACCACAACUCUAGCGCAGUGCUCAGAAAGAGAAACCAGCGUCGCCGAGGCCCAAGCGUAUAACAAUCGGAAUAAUACUUCCUACAUCGAUGCAGACGUAACAGGGGAAAAUAAUGACGGGCAUGUUGUGAACAAUAUGGAUAAUGCUGAGGAGAACAGGGGGAGUGCGGAUUCGGGAGAAUAUGUGCUAGGUUGCCUCAGUGCAGUUAAUGGACAAGACGUUCAUCUGAAGGAAGCUGGUAGCAUUAAUAUUGAUCACAAACCCAGCGGCUCCCAGCACGGGGGCGGGCAUAGCUGUUUUAUGGCCGCUGCGUCGAGGAAGACUGCGAGCAGGCAGCAGCGGGGUAAUACUGGCACAAGUAAGAAUACGAACGGAGAGUCCAUCUCUGCCGAGAACGAAGGAAGCUCAUUGACAGCUACCGCUGAGAAUGGCUCUCGGAAGCCUGAUCUGACUGUCACUAAGCGCCGUGGGUGCAGUAUGAGCAGAGCGCCAAAGAGGGUGUGUUUUGCAGGAACAACGACAAUAGCACACUGCGGCAUCUCGGAUUCUGGAGCUCGUGGUCCUAGGUUGGGUUACUCUCCGCUCAGGAGCACCGGGGGUAAGAGUGUUUUAUUACUAAAAAACUAUAACCACACAGAUACUCCGCAACCCGGAUACCGAACACCCACCACAGAUGGACAUCAUCGGGGAAGCAGCCGUGAGUAUGUACCCGGCUGUGACAGAUCAGAUAACUCGAUCAGACAAGCUUCAGUGUGUCCACCAAGUGCGGUAACAAACAGCUGUGUGGAUAAUAUUAAUAGCACGGAUGGACGGCCGCCCAGAACUGCUAAAGGCCGCGUAAGAUUGUACAGGGUCCGUUCUUUCGUGGCUACAACAUUGGGUUACAAUAACAGAGGAAACGGUGGUGUUACUUUGAACGGCGUCACAGAUGGCACGCGGGGCGGGAGUACUGUCAAUCCCGUGCUCCCUCAGGCACGUCCUUUAGGUGGCCAUAAGGGUCUCCCAGACGGCCAAGAAGGGCAGCCGGGGUCUGGUGCCCAAGCGUGCGGUGUCGUCAGCAGCCGCGCUAUUGGUAGAAAAGGCCCAGAGAGACACACCAAUAGCAUUGUUCAAAACGAUAGCAUUCAAGUACCUAAGGAACAGACUGUGGAGGAAAAUGGUGUGGAAUUAACCCAGAACAAUGCCACAGGGGUAUGUGGGGACCCGGCUGAGGGCACAGCCCUGGGAGCAGAGAGGGUGCCUGUGGAAACCCUUAGCGCAGAGGCGCUGGAAGCAGGUGCCAGCCAGGCCCAGCACAGGCAGGGGCAGCUGGAGGAGCGUACAGAGAGGUUGUGGCGCCGCCUGCAGGUGGUGCAGGUGAAGCAGAUGGAGAGGCAUGUCGUACAGCAGUUGCAGGGGCUGGCGGGGGCCAUGGGCCCGAGGAGAGAGGGAGGACGGGCCCGCUUGCAGCAGGCCUCAAGGCCCCCGCACAUGCCCAGUUCUGGGGAGCUGAGCAGGCUGGCCAGGAGCUGCAGUGAAGCCCUCCGUACAGCAGAGGGAGCUCUUGACUCUGACCACACCGCCAGUAGCUCUGGAGGGGAGAGUGAGAGUGAGGAGAGAGAUGGGGACUCCACCCCAGCUUGGAAGAACACAAUCCAGAACAGCACUGAAUGGCAGUGGGCGAAAUGCCGGGCGGGGCUGGGCAGCAGGUGGGUGUGGCUGCAGGCUCAAGUGUCAGAGCUGGAGUACCGAAUCCGCGCCCUGACGGAGCUGUAUACCCACCUGAGACAGGGCAAGGGUAGGGGUGUCCUACAGCCCACCAGCAGCCCGCCCCUCCCAGUGACCCCCUUGCGUGCGUCCCGGCCCUCUCACCCUCCAAACAGCUCCCUCUGCAGCGCCUCCGAAUUGCCCCAGAAUGCCCUCAGGAAGAAGCCGACGGAGGAGUCCCCCCACCCGCCCCCCGAACCCCCGGGCUCCCCCCCUUCCGCUGCCAGGGCCCGCCCCCUGCUGCGACAGCGCCGGCGCAAGCUGAUCCGCCUCGGGGGGUCCGUGCCGCUCGCAGCAAAGGCUGUGAGCGUGCAGUGCUGGUGUACACCCCCAGCAGUCUGUGUACUGUGUGCAGACAGCCCUCCCCGCUGUCCCAUUGAUAAAGGGGCGUCACCAUGGGUACAGUGGGCCCAGCUGGACCUCUGUCUGCACCCCGUCCUGUCCUUUCCCCCUGACGUGCCCCUGGCGCUGCGGUGUGGAGUCCCGCCGCGGGCCGGCCCCCGCUCCCACAAACCCGCGCGGCCGGCGGGGAUGCCGCCUCCCCCCUCCUGGCUGGCCAGGCGGGGCCCGGGCUCCCAGAAGCCGGGCAGGCUGAAGAGAAGACCAGCCUGUGCCCCCCCGCUGCACGGCCACCUCCCCCCUGCCCACGACAGAACAGGCGAGCGGCCCCAGAGAGGCCUGGUCAAUCUGCCGUUCCUCUGCCAACGGACGUGUUCCACAGACCUCACCUUCCGACCCGCCACCCCCCCGGCGCCCGACACCCCCACACAGCCCACACGCCGUCGGCGAGGGGAGAGCUCUUUUGACAUUGAUAAUCUGGUGAUGCCUCUGGGUUUGGCUGGUCUAGGGGGCGGGGCCAGAGUACAGAAACUGCAGUACAAAGAGAUCCUCACUCCCAGCUGGAGGCAGCUGGACUCUCCCUCAGCGGUCCCUGCUGGUCAGGUGCCCCCCAGCCCUGAUCCCCCUGAAGAGGAGCAGAGGGCCACUGCAGAGCAGGAGCAGGAGAAGGAGCAGGAGGAAGAGGAGGUGGAAGAUCUUUCGGACGCUGCCUUCCUGUGCCGGCACGCGCAGUGUGAGCAGAGGGAGAGAAGUCGCUGGGGCAGCUGGGCACAGCGUCGGCGUAGGGGCAGGUCCUCCUAUCGCGGUGACGGGAAACUGGGCCCCAGGACGCCCGAGCAGCCCCCCUCACCCGAACCCAGGGCCCGCUUGCCUUCAGACGGUGGCUCGUGGCCUUCAAGUCCGCAGGAGACUCCCAGCACCCCCGGCCCUGUGGAGGAGCCCUCCUUCUUCGCUCUGGAGGAGGAGCAGCUGGCGGCGUUGCCAUGGGAGCGCCGGUCGUUCCCGCUGUCAGAGGCAGAGCUGCAGUGGCUGCAGGAGGAAGAGGAAGAAGAGCACCCGGAGGACCCUAGCUCCACCAGCGCCCGCAGCCAGAGCACUGACUCGGGCAUCUCCGUGGGCAGCCUGGAGCUCUCCCCCAUCGCCCUCUUGUCCCCGCCACCACCAGUCCGCCAGGGUCAGGACCUCUCCCCAAAACCCCCGGCCGCCUUCCCCUCCGAAACUCAGGACUCCCCCUCCCUCCAGCCCCCUGAGUCAUCCCUGCCCCCUGUUCCCCUCUCCCUUUCCCCUAAGCCACCCCCUCCGCUGCUGCAGACACGCCCAGCCCCCAGCUGAAACGCAGAGCGAGGGAGUGGCCCCGCCUGUUUUGGUACCUCA